UAGGUGGCGCUGUAGCCAGGGCUGUAGUGGAGGGUAAACGCACGUAAACGCCGUUUACGCACCUCUGGAAUUUAGGAAAUAGCGUUUACGCACCUCUAAAUAGCGUUUACGCACCUCAAAGUUCCCUGUGCCUUGUAUUCUGCCGUUGGAAUAAUCGGAAAUAAAUUUAGUAUCAUUUUAAAAAACCUAAGACAAAGUUUCAUAUGGUUGAACAAAUAAACGCUGUAAUCUGAAUCAUUUUCAUCUGCGCUGUAGGCCUAUGCUAAUAUGGUCUGUGACCCUCCAAUCAGUGCCUUGCGGCUGCGGCUGCAACACCAAUCAGGAUCCAGGAAAAUAUGUAAACAGGAAGUAUGUAAACACAUGGCCCUACGCGUUGUGGAUUAUCAUGCCUGCCUACCUGUCAUUAAUUAGCCAUGGAUAUCAGGCGAUUUUUGAAGAGACCUUCGAGUGCUCCCACUCCAACAGAUCCCCGAAAAAGGCCUCAAGUACAAAGGGGAGAAAGAUGGUGGAACUGGCAUUAAAGAGAAAGUAUCCCGAGUAUGCUGCACAGGGUAUUCCACCAAAGAGGAGUCGAGACUGCAUGGAAGAAACAUGGAUGAUCCCAGACACUUUGUUGGACACCAGCUUCGACCUGUCCGAUGAUGGCUCAUACUACGUCCCAACCCCAUACUCUUCCCCGACACAGACUGAACUGGAACCAACUUCAAGCCAUUCCCCGACUGAACUGGAACCAACCCCAAGCCAUUCCCCGACUGAACUGGAACCAACCCCAAGCCAUUCCCCGACUGAAGAGGAACCAACCCCAAGCCAUUCUCCGACUGAAUUGGAACCAACCCCAAGCCACUCCCCGACUGAACUGGAACCAACCCUAAGCCAUUCCCCGACUGAAGUGGAACUGACACAGACUGAAGUGGAACCAACUGAGGAGGAAAGGCCGCAACCACGUCCACCAAUGAGGGGCCCAUGUGGUUCCCAGUGUCAUAGGAAGUGCACUGACCACAUGUCAGAUGACAGGCGGAAGGAGAUAUGGAGGCAGUUUUGGGACAUGACGUACACAGAGCGGCGAACCUGGAUGUUCCACUCAGUCACCUCACUGGAGACGAAGAGAGUUUGUGCUGCAGGCAGUCGACGUGGCCGGACGUUCAGCUACAGGCUACAAGACCAGAGAGGAGAGCCAAGACGUGUCUGCAAGAUGUUCUUCUUGUCAACGCUGGGCUACCACCCAAAAAAUGACAGUCUGGUGAUGACCAUGAUGGGCAAUGCAAGCAGCAAGCCACUCGCUCCACCUCAGGACCAGAGAGGAAGGCAGGCCGCUGCAAACAAACUCGAUCUAAAGUCAUUACUGGACCACAUAGAGUCGUUCCACCCUACAGUUAGCCACUAUAGGCGUGAACAUGCCCCACAUCGACGGUACCUUCCUAGUGACAUCACCAUGAAAAUGAUGCAUGCUGAUUAUGUGGAGAAAGGGCACACCUGUUCGUAUGAGGCGUACAGGAAGGCUGUCAGGCAAAAAAAAAUAAGUUUCACAAAACUUGGAGAGGAGGAGUGUGAGACUUGCUUGCAGCAUGCUGAACAUGAAAAAUCACACAGAGGAGAUGGUGGAUUGCCCAGAGUGUCUAAGGUGGCAAAAGCACAAGCAGUCUGCCCUGCAGAGUCGGCUGAGGUACAAGGAGGAUGCAGAGACCAGCAGCUGGCCCGACGGCACCUCAGUCCGGAGUGCAGACCUCCAAAAAGUGAUAAUGCUGCCACGUAUGCCUGGAGUAAAAUCUUGUGUUUUUACGCGACGUGUUGUGGCAUACCACGAGACAUUUGCCUCUGUGGGGAAGGGGAAAAACAAGAAGAACACCAUCUCUGUCUUGUGGCAUGAGGGAAUAGCAGGGCGAAGCGCUGCAGAAAUCACAUCUGCAUACAUGGCAGCAUUGGAGAAAGAGAGGGAUGCACGCCACAUAAUUCUCUGGGUGGACAACUGCAGUGCGCAAAAUAAGAAUUGGUGCUUGCUCUCCUCACUCGUCACCCUAGUCAGUGGCACAACUUCACUGGAAGACAUCACCCUAAAAUACUUCGAGCCGGGGCACACUUUCAUGAGCGCUGACAGUUUCCACCAUGGUGUCGAGCAGCAAAUUAGGAAGUGUCCAGGUGGUGUUGUGUACGACUUCGAGGACUUUGUGAAUGUUGUGGCGAGCUCCAAUUCAAAGAAAGUGGAUGUUGUCCUGAUGCAGAAUGCCAAUGUGCUGGAUUGGAAAGAUGGCCAUUCCACUACCAAGGUCAAGAAGGCAAAAGCACCAAAGCUUGGGGAGAUGGCAGAAAUUCAAGUGCGGCGAGGCUCCAAGAGUUUUUUUUACAAGCGGUCACAUGUUGAGACAGAAUUCACAGAAAUGGACUUCCUAUUAAAAAAAUUCAUCCCAACCAUGCCCACUCUCUUGCGACCACAGGACAGGGGAGUUGACGAGAUCAAAAAGAGGGACUUAAUUAACAAACUUUGUCCACUCAUGCCCCCAAACAGAAGGGGGUUCUGGCAUUCCCUACCUGUACUGAAGGAUGUCCUGGAGGAGUAAUGAAAUUAAUGUAUUGUGUAUUGUUUGUACCGAGUGUGUUGUUCUUUCAUUAUCCCCUGAUUUCUAACAGUUGUAUAUAUAAUUAUAACUAUUUAUCAAAUGAAUAACAAAUAAGCUGAUUUACUCAUUUCUAUGUAUUCAUGCAUCACUCAUGCUUCAUUCAGCAAGGUUUUAAUCUUCCACACCAUAUAAAAUGAACUUGCUCAAAGAUAUAUAAAAAAUAUUGUUUCAUAUUCCAAAUAUUGUUUAAUAAAUAUUGUUUAAUGUAAUUAUAUACUUGUAUGCCAUAUGAAAUCAGUAUGAUUCUUGAGAGUUGUUUUCACCAUCUAUGAAUUCAAUUAUUAUUAAAUGAUUAUAAUUUUUUUAAAUGUA